UUCACACCUAACAAGCACCAGCGGUUUGAAAUGAGACCGCAAAAAACCCUUUUUAUUAUCUGCUUAGGAGCAUUUCUUGCGGUAAUAUUUUACAAUGGUGAAAGUGCUGGACAAAAAUUGGGGAGAGUGAACACUAAGGGGAAUCAUUUGGUGAUUCAAGUGAACAAACCGGGGAGAUAUUCUAUUAAAACAAAUGCGGAAAAUUUUAAAGGGAAGCAAAGAAGGGCCAUGAUAGUGAAGUGCUGCAGCAAUCUGAAAUGCACCAGAACGUCUGAAUUCAACCAAAGAAAAAAUAACACUUCUGCGCGAGUAGCAAAAAUCAUAAGAAACGAGCUGAAUGGACCAUCCAAUAGAUUUGUUGUAAUUGGCAGAAAGAAAUACAAAUUCCCUUCAGAAAUGGCUUCUUUUGAGGAAGCGAAAAAGAUUUGCGAAGACCAAGGAUUAGAUUUGACUUCGCCAGCCAGCACAAAAGAAUCCAAAUCAAUAGACGAAUAUCUCAACUAUAUCGGUUUAGGAUCUGAGCCUUUGUUCACCGCUUUUCCGACGGACGAUUCUCUCAGCGGGGCUAAAUGGGGCUCUGAAAAACCCCCAGGAGGGCCUGGCGAAUGCCUGACCCAGUACAAGGGAUCUUUGUACAACGCGUCCUGCAAUCAACAAUCGCACUUCUCCUGCCAGGAAAAGCCCUUGCCCGAUGGCGUGACGCAAUCCUAUGAUAUGCUCGCCUCCAUUGGAGAUGCGGUUCUGAAUUUCGUUGGUGGCAAAAACAUAAUUGCCCCCUCGGAAAGGGCGAGUGUGCCCGAGGCCACUGGCAUGUGCAAGGAAAAGGGCAUGGACCUGAUGAGUCUCGAUUCGCUGACCCAGCUGAGCUCUGUGCAGGAUUUCCUCGGAGGAAUCGGGCUCUCGUCAAGCACUUUGCUGACUUCGAUGAAGAAAGUUGACGACUCGGGCUCGUCCAACUGGCUCGGCGACUUGGCCUCGGCUUUGCUGCCGCCGCCGAAGAACCCCGCGGACCAGGGCGACUGCAUGGGAAUCAGUUCUCUGGGCAUUUUGGGCGUCAGCUGCGACAUGGUUUCCAAUUUCGUGUGUCAAGCGCCGCCGCCCAAGCUCAUCGCCGACAACGGCAACGAGCUGCCCUUCAGCAUGGAUUUGCUAAACAUGGCCAAUUCGCUGGGAAUUGAUACGAUUCUAGAAACAGCAACUUCUGAACAAACUAAAUCGAUUACAACAUCGAAAAAAGCAACAACCCAAGUUCGCGUUAUCAAAACCACACUUCUUAAGCCAAGUGGAAAUACAUUAAUGACGGCAACCUCGUUGAUCACGAUUCCUGAUAUUCAUGUGACGGAUGGGACUGUAAUUGUUAUUUUGACAACAACUCCUUAUCAAGCACAGGCUGAUAUAACUGUUGCAAAAGAGGAAACGACGCCAAGCCCUGUCACUGCAGCCCCAGUUAUCACCACAACAACCUCAGCUCCAAUAACAGACGAGAGCACAAGCACAGAUUCAACAACCAUCCAAAUGACUUCAACUUCUUCCACGUCCACAACUACCCUUACAACUUCAACCACGACUAUAACUACUACAACAACCUCAACGACCACAACCACCACCACACCUUGUCCUGCAAAUUUUAAUAUUUCCAAAGUUUAUACUACUUGGGAAAGUGCCCGAUUGGAUUGUAACAGAAAUGGGAUGGACUUAAUCACGAUCGAUUCUCAGUUGAAAGAAAAUUGUUUUGCCGCAUAUUUACAAAAUCAAAGUCGAGUCCAGAACACGUUUUGGAUAGGAAUAAGCUCAAUUACGCAGAGCACAUUUACGUGGGCAAAUGACAACUCUUCUCUGUCUUAUGUGCAAUGGCAAAAUGGAUUUCCAACUUCCAAUAAAAAGGAAGCCUGCGUCUCGUCGUCGGGUGGCCAGUGGAAAAAUCAAAUGUGCACCGACAUCAACUUUUAUGCUUGCGAACAAUCAAAAAAUAUAAUCAACACAACCUUAAAAGGCUGUCCAGCAACUUCUUCGCGCUACACACUGACACGAGACAAAAAAUCAUGGGCUGCAGCUCGCGUGGAGUGCGGAAAAGAUGGAAUGGAUCUUGUAAGUUCCGAAACUCCAGAAGAGGACGCGUGCGUUCGCUCUUUAAUAAAUAAAACGGGACUGGAACCGGAAUUUGUUUGGAUGUCUUUGAAUUGCAUAAAUGAGACGUUUUACAACCACUGGGUCAACGGUGUAAACGUUUCUUUCAAGUCGUGGGGUCCGCAGCAACCUUCGGAGUAUCCAGCAGAGAAAUGUGCAAUUUACUGGAAAAACGCAUGGUAUGACUUACCUUGUGAUUACGAAACCUACUAUGUGUGCGAAGGUUCCACAAACUGAAAAAAAAUAUAAGAGAUGAAG